UCAGCCCAAGUACUGCCAUCGACAUAUCCAUCAACGCUCACCACCCCAACACCGGAAAAUUCAUCACAUUGGCGGCACUCGUGGAAAACGGAUGUCGGCCACCGAUUGUCGGUCUUCAUAUGUCCCUCGACAGCCCUCGUGAUGCGCGUUUCCGGGAGAAGAAGAACGAGAUCGCGCAUUGCGACGGUUCGUUGAAGCGCAAGCUGCGCGAGCUAUACCGCUAUACAGCGCUCAUCCACACGGGCCUCCCGCCAGAGGUCCCGUACUGCCACAACAACGAUGAGCCAGACGAGAACGAGGCCGACUUUCUGGAUAAAAAUGAUAUAACUAAACGACGACGCUUUAAUGAUUCUACACUUGCAUAUCCCCUCCCUCUUACAUCACCGUUGCAGAAGCCCGCCAGCCCAGCCUUUGCAAAGUCGUCACCAAGCACAGCUGUCGGUUCUAGCCUUGAAGAACAGCUACGCGCUGCAUCUGCGUCGCCUUCUGUUGCGACGCAGAUCGCACCAGUUGAUGAAGAAUCGACGCAAACCGAUCUCAAGUUCACCACCAAGUCUGCAUCACUCCCGUCCGGCGUCGAGACUCCCGUUUCCGCAUCCCCAGUGGAUGCGACGGACCAUGACCAGACCUCCAGUGAACAGCCGCAGGCGCCUUCGAUAACAGAAGCACCCGUUGUUCAAAUCUCGAGAGGAGAGAAGGUCGACUCUGAUGGACAGGCCGUUGACCCGCGAGCUGCGAUACCACCGUCGUCCGAGGACACCGCAUUGUCUGAGAAUGCACCAGUGAACGGGCGAAGGCCAAAGGCACCCAAAGCGCCCCAGGUAGUACAUCUACCACCACAAGAUGUUCAAGAGACGAGGUUGCAAGAGACGGAGCAGAAGUUAGAGAAGAUAGCAGAGAAGGAACGCAAAGAGGAGGAGAGACUAACAUUACCGAACGGGAAUAUACCUACCGACCUGGCAUCGUCACCUUCAUCAACUGUUGGACCUUACUCGCAAGCGACACCUCACCCUCAACAUCACUCCCCCGACACAAGCCCGGAAACUGAGUCUUUCCGCGAGCGACGGCAGUCGCUUGUUGAUGCAGGUCUCGUGGAUCCUGUGGCGGAGCAAGCCAAAGAGGAUCAUGAGCGCGCGUUACAAGAACAGAUGCGCCAGGCCAGGGAAAAUGCUCGUGCGGACAGCAAUGCCGAGGAGGAUGAUGUCGAGAGGCAGAUUGAGGAUGAGCAGGCUAUACGCCUUGCACGAGAUGGAAAGGCACGACUAAAUGAAUCGGAUAACGCGCCUCCUGCCGGACCGGAAGCGCUAAGCGACCACGCCAAAGAUGUCGUCCGUGAGAUCGAGAUGGAACAGGUGGAAACAGCUGCUGAACAACCGGCGGCCGACUCGCUUCCGACACCUACCACGACAGCUCCUGAUCCGUCAACAGCAGAGCCGGAAACGUCAGAAAGUGCAGUUGAAGAGCAUCGGCAACGAUCCUCGUUAGGUCCGGAGCAUCCGACCCCGCCUGCCGACAAUGAUGUUGAGAUGGACGAAGCGCCUGUUCCUGCAAAAGAGCAACCGGCCUCAUCGAUUAACCCCGACUCCGAAAGCACCCCAACACUAUUAUCGUCUGGUACUCAACAGCAAAAGUCCAUAGCUCAGAUCAUUGAAGAGCGUGCAGAGAAAUCGCCGGCGAAGGUCGUCCUAACACCACGAUCAAGCAACAUACUGCCGACAACGAGCCCUGCCCGGGUAUUGAAGGAGCAUAAGCGUAGAGAAGUGUCGACCAUCAUCUUCGCGAAGCCUGACCUGAACAGGGCCACAAAGGCGCUACAAUUGUAUAAUGAGGACUACGCAUCUCUUCAAGGCGCAUCGCAGGAUUCUAGCAGGGAUUAUUUGCAGGGACUUUUCAACUACCAGGCUCAUCACCCACCCCGAGCAUCUCCUCUUAUGGAUUUGGUCACUUCUGCACGAAAGACGGUAUCCACGGCUGGCGUUCUUGCCACCAUCCGCGAGGCCCAUGAUUACAAGAUUCUCAAGAGGGUUUACCAGUUGCAGAAUGCGAACCGAUGGUCACUUCGGCAACUGAAGAAGUCCGCUGAGCCAGAGCGGCCUGUUACGCAUCAAGAUCAUUUACUUGCCGAGAUGAAGUGGAUGCAGACUGACUUUAAAGAGGAGAGGAAAUGGAAGCAAUCUCUCGCAGCUACUUUUGCCGGAUGGUGUGCGGACUAUGUGAAUAGCACGCCCGAGGAACGAACUUCAUUAAGAAUCAAAGCCCGUAUACCGAAGUCGAGUGCGGCAGACUUAGACAUGGAUGAUGCACCCACUCCGGAUCUGGUCCAUUCAAACGGGGAUGCGGAGAGCGAGUCUUACGUAGACGACGACGAACUAUUGUCUCCGUUAUACCUAAACCCGCCCGCCUCUCUCUUCUCUCUGGGAUUCAACGAUGUCGUCUUGAAAAUCGAUCGAACACCCGCCAGCGAUACAUUACUGCAUGAACUUCCGUUAUACGAGCCGAUCCUUGAAGGAGCGAGCGACGUUACACCCCUCUCGUUCGUGGACCCCCCUCUCGCCCCUGUUUCUAAGUUCGUCUGCGGUAAGCUUGUGUCACAAGUCAGGGGUCCCCCACGGAAGCGAAGCCGUUACGAAUAUGAUUCCGAGGACGAGCCGUCUACUCCACCAAGCAGGUCGGGAACCUCGGCCGAACAUUCUAUGCCUUCUACUCCCGGAAGAAGACUAUUCCACCGAAAUGAUCUACCGCCAGAGAUGAGUGACGUAGCCUUGUUCCACCCCGAGAACAGGCAUAUCCGCGAUCGACUCCAAGCCUCGCACCAGUUCAGGCCCCCUACCGAGUUCCCGAUGCCUUCAGUAUCUUUCUUCGAAAACCGACAGUCUUCACAGUGGCUGUGGGAAGAGGAUCAAAAGUUGCGCGCUUUGGUGAAGGAAUACACUUUCAACUGGUCAUUAGUUGCGCAGCAACUUGCUUUGCCUUCGAUGCUCGUAGCUGGUUCUGGUCGACGUACACCCUGGGAAUGCUUUGAACGCUGGGUGCAGCUUGAAGGUUUGCCAGCGGAGAUGUCUAAGACGCAGUACUUCCGUACCUACCAAAGCCGGCUCGAGCAAGCGCAAAGGACUGUUGCAGCUCAGCACCAAGCUCAGCAGCAGCUUAUCCAGCAGCAGCAACAGAGCGGUCAGAAUAUCCCCGCUCAGACCCCUCGAAGGCGGACAAAUCAGCCCAUCCGCGUUGAAAGAAGGAGAGAAAAUAGGCACCUUGCCAUCAUCGACGGAAUGCGAAAGUUGGCUCGGAAGCGCGAGUCCAUUGCCCAUAAACAAGCCGAGUCGCAGAAAGCAGCCGCGCUACGCAAAGCGCAAGAACCCAUGCAGCCUAAGAGCAACGUGCACACGCCUCAAGAGUUCUCGCGCCUCAAGUGGGAACGUGAGCAAAGAAUCAAACAGAAACUUCUUGAGCAACAGCAGCAAGAGAUGCAUGCAAGGCAAAUGGCGCAACGUACCGCACAAAUGCAAGCCCAAGGCCUCGCCAACGGUUCCGGUCAACAACCACGGAUGGGAACGCCUGGUUCCAAUCCUAAUCUCACUCCACAGAUGGCGAAUGCUGCUCAACAGGGCUCAAAUCCAGCUGCAAAUGCUGCCAUGGCGGCUCGGGUUCAACAAAAUCAGGCCAUGCAACAAGGUUUUCCAAAUGCAAACAUGAACGGCGGGAUGGCAAUGGGCUCUACCGGUGUCCCCCAGGCGCAGAUGCAGGCCAACAUGUCGAAUUCUCAGCGGAUGGGUCCUCCAAACCAGGCUCAAAUGGCGGCCAUGCAGCGAGGUCAAUUCCCCAAUGCUAAUGCACAGCACCAGUUCCAGCUACAACAACAACAGAUCAAUAUGGCUAGUAACCUAACCCAAAACAUGGGAAUAAACAACAUGCCGAACGCGAACAUGAUGGCAUCCAUGGUGGGCCAGAAUAUGAACGGCAACAUGACUCCCGGGAUGAAUGGCAUGUCGAACAACGCUGGAUCCCCUCGCAUCAACCAGGCCACGCCUAACAUGCAAACUCCUGCUCGUCCAUUGUCCAGUGGGCACAUGCCGCAAUUACUGCAGAUCCAAAACAAUUUAAAGGUACAGCAUCCGGAUUGGUCCCAAGAACAGGUCCAAAAAAUGGCGUCUGAUCAUCUUGCCCGGUUCCUAACAAAACAACGCGCACAGGCAAUGAAUGCAGCCGCAGGCUCCCCUGGCAUGGCCCACUCCCCUCAGAUCGGCAACAACAUGUAUCUUCAAAAUGGCAAUAUGGGUGCCAACAGCCCUUCUCCGAACGCAGUCCAGCACUAUCAACAGCAACUUGUUCGCCAGCAGCAAUUGAUGAGCCAGCAGAGAGCGCAGGCAGGUAGUCCGGGUAUGAAUGCCGCCAGACCUUCGAGCCGGAGUGCAACACCUCAGAAUGCGCAGCUGCAGCAAAGCCCUGGUGUACAACAAGCCCAGACGUAAUAUUCACGGCGAGGCGAGAAUUUUAGCAUUGUGAUGCUGCGGGACAGACAUCGCUUCACGUACGACUUCGAACUGUACAUGUUUGUUUAAUGAAUUCCCAUUUUUCGAUUCUGUUAGCCGCAAGCAUAACGAGCGAUGAGCGCGCUCUGGGACACAAGGAGGCUUUUGGUAUAGCGAGCGUGAACAUUGCGUGAGCGUUCGGUGGGUGGUGUCAUCCGACGCUUGGUUGAUUGAGGGUGGAAUAGGAUAGUCGUACUGGCUACUAUGAGAUCAGAUCAACCUGAAUAUCUCACGAAAAAGCUCGACUGGAGAAGUCGACAAUGAAUUACUU